AGGCGAGGCAAGAGAAAGCGAUCAGACAGUCAGGAUGAAAGGAAGACCAAAGUUGUGCGCAAAAUCUACGUUGCGUGUGAUUUUUGCCGAGGGCGGAAACUUCGAUGUGAUGGGACCAAACCUUCCUGCGCUAAUUGUUCCACCCGAACCUUGAAAUGUGUAUAUAAG